UGAACGCCAAUUUUCAAGAUGGCGGCGGAGGGAGGAGGGAAGGAGAUGAACGAAAUUAAAACUCAGUUCACCACCCGAGAAGGCGUCUACAAACUCCUCACCCACUCCGAAUACAGCCGCCCGAACAGGGUGCCUUUCAACUCGCAGGGCUCCAAUCCCGUCAAGGUCUCCUUCGUGAACGUGAACGACCAGUCCGGCAACGGCGACAGGAUCUGUUUCAAUGUGGGCCGGGAGCUCUACUUUUACAUCUACAAAGGCGUGAGAAAGGCUGCGGAUCUUAGUAAGCCCAUAGACAAGAGGAUAUACAAAGGAACGCAGCCUACGUGUCAUGACUUCAACCCUCUCACGGCGACGGCAGAGAGCGUCUCCCUGCUGGUGGGCUUCUCAGCAGGCCAGGUGCAACUUAUAGACCCCAUAAAGAAGGAGACCAGCAAACUCUUCAAUGAGGAGAGACUUAUAGACAAAUCGAGAGUCACGUGUGUGCGAUGGGUCCCUGGUUCGGAGAGCCUGUUCCUGGUGGCUCACUCCAGCGGCAGCAUGUAUUUGUACAACGUGGAGAACACCUGUGGGACGACGGCGCCUCACUACCAGCUUCUCAAACAGGGAGAGAGCUAUGCGGUGCAUACCUGCAAGAGCAAGUCCGCCCGGAACCCAUUACUGCGCUGGACAGUGGGCGAGGGGGCCCUUAAUGAGUUUGCGUUCUCCCCGGACGGCAAGUUUCUGGCCUGUGCGAGCCAGGACGGCUUCCUGCGGGUGUUCGGCUUCGACGCCGCGGAGCUCCACGGGACGAUGAAGAGCUACUUUGGCGGUUUACUGUGCGUGUGCUGGAGCCCCGAUGGACGAUACAUCGUGGCGGGAGGGGAGGACGACCUGGUGACGGUGUGGUCGUUUUUGGACUGCAGGGUCAUCGCACGGGGACACGGCCACAAGUCGUGGGUGAGCGUCGUGGCGUUCGACCACUGCACCACCAGCGUGGAGGACGGCGAGCCCCCCGCCGAGUUCAGUGGCAGCGACGAGGACUUCCACGAGCAGAUUCACUUCGGCGCCGGCGUGGACAGGGCGAACAGCUCUCACUCACGGCUCUCUAAGAGAAACUCUACGGACAGUCGGCCUGUCAGCGUGACCUACAGGUUUGGCUCGGUGGGGCAGGACACCCAGCUGUGUCUGUGGGACCUGACGGAGGACAUUCUUUUCCCACACCUCCCUUUGUCACGCACUAGGACUCACACUAAUGUUAUGAAUGCCACAAGUCCUCCAGCCACUGGACAAACUACUACUACUGUAUCCACCAACACCACCACCGCCACCAACUCGAGCGGCACCAAUGGCAAAGACAAUGUGAGCAAUAGUAGCACCAGUGGGAACACAUCCAACUCCCUCCCCAACACCCUGCCUCGCUCAAACAGCUUGCCUCAUGCUUCCAACCCAGCAGGGGGCAGCACCCCCAACAGUCACACGGGCAGCAGCAGCAACAGCAGCACCUCCACCACCACCUCCACCUCCACCACCACCUCCAGCACCAAGGGCAACAGCAUCAUGGACAGCGCGUUCAUUGCCACCAGCGUCAGCAAGUUCGCCACGCUGUCGCUGCACGACUCGCGCAAGGAGCGCCACGAGAAGGACCACAAGAGAAACCACAGCAUGGGCCACAUCAGCAGCAAGAGCAGCGACAAGCUCAACCAGCUCAGUUCCUCGCGGACGGCGAAGGCCGACGCCGCCAAGACUCUGGGCACGGCGCUGUGCCCGCGCAUGGAGGAGGUGCCGCUCCUCGAACCCCUGGUGUGCAAGAAGAUCGCUCACGAGAGACUCACUGUGUUAAUCUUCCUUGAGGACUGUCUGGUAACAGCCUGUCAGGAGGGUUUCGUUUGCACAUGGGCUAGGCCUGGGAAAGUGGGAUUGCUAUCAUCUCAAAACAACCCAGCCAACUCCCCCAGUGGAACAGUAGUAUAGCCCUAGUGCUGGCGCUGCUAAUGACAGCUCCAUGCCACAGAGACGGGGAUGACCAAGGCCACGGCCCUGCAGCGCUUCUUCACACACUGUCACACACCACACCACCUCCAGUGUCCCAGUUCAUUUUCAUCACUACACUCUCCCGCAUGUUGUUUUUGCUUUUUGUGUUGAGAUAAGUGAUGUUGGCCGAGCCAGGGUGAGACUUCUCCUCCCUAUUGCGAUCUUUCUUUCUUUCUCUCUUUCUUUCUUUUCUCCUUCUGUCAGGGGGUUAAAUGGGUGCUACUGUUCAGAAGAGCUUUAACUCAUCCAGGAGGUGAAGGAGAGCGUUCGACUGGCUCACUGUCGCAUCUCUGGUCAUAUCAAGUCGUGUCUAGUCUGAAAAACGACAAACUCUAAUACCCAAUCUAUUGUGCCUGUAGAUCUUCAAAGACUAGACACGGUGUAAGCUUUGUGAAGAUGCCUCAGCCUAACCUUUUGUGUGUAUGUGUGUGUGUGUUUGUGGGGAUUAAUCCAACGCCUCAUUUUUUUAAAAAAUACAUUCACAGAUAAAGGGAAAAAGAUGAGGGAUUGUUUUGGAAAAGUGGCAUAUCCCCAUAAGUGUUUUUUUUUUUUCACCUCCUGGAUGUAGCUGAAGUCUUCAUACACCAAGAAAGACAUUUUUUCUCCCCUCCACCCCUCGAUUUACAAACUGUUUCAGAGUUUCACACUUAGUAUAUUUUGCACAUAUCUGCUUCCAUUGUUUUUGCCCCCUCCGCCACACACACACACACACACACACACACACACACACGUUUCAGUCCAUCACAGGAACACAUGCUAAACAUUUUGUCGACAGCUUUGGAAGCACUUGGGGAACCGGCUUGUUUUUUGCUCUUUGUCUCAACGCUGGAUGCUGCAAUCAGUUUUUUAUAUGGAAAAUAAAUAGUUUGCACUUAAUAGUUUGUUAGAGGAGAAUGGCUUUACAUUUUUUGGAGCGUGUAAGGACUCCUUGACAAGGUUGAUAUAUAAAUAUAUAUAAAUAUCUAUAAAUAGAAUUAAAUAAAACCUUUGUAUCUAUUGAACAUUUAUUUUAAUAUUGUUUCUGAUUAAAUGGGCUCUGUAAUAUAUGUAAAUAUUGUACUUCGAUGAGUUAUGGGUGAAAUGAUCAUUAUAACAUUAGUUCAAAGACCCUCAUUUCAGAAAAUACUGAUAUUUCUAAUACAGAAAUCUAUACCUAAUAUUAAAAUGAAUCUUAAAUAUGCAGGUGAAAAUGUUUCCUUGUUUUUUGUUGUACAUAAAGAGAAUUCAGGUGUAUUUUUAAUAACGAAACGUUUGGUAUAGGAAAUGUCUACGAAAUCCUCUCGUCUAACAGGUAGUGCUGAACGCUAGCUAAGCCUGUCGCCGCAGAUCUCUCUCUUUGACGUUGGCAGGUAGGCGCAGACGCAGUGCUCUAAUUCAGCCAUCAUUCCGAGCUCAGGUAAACCACAGGAAGACUAACGCUGGCAUUGUUACCCCCCCCCCCCCCCCCUUUCCUCUCCCCCACCCUCCCCAUGCGCACUAGUCCCAUCCUAUCAAACCAACAUGCUUGUGAAUUCACUUUAACAAAGACUGACAACCGUGUUCUGCUGACAGGGCUGAGAAAUCUGUGACUCCACUUCUUGUGAGUAAUAACUGCUA